CAUUUGGUCGUAAUGUUUUUCUCAUUUCUUUGAUGUUUGUGGACUAAGAACUAGCAUCUCACUCUCAUUUGUAAACAUUGCUCACACAAAAACAUAAGAGAGAGAGAGAGAGAGAGAGAGUAGAGAGAGAGAGAAAAGACAAUGUCUUCCCCAAGCAAACGCCGAGACAUGGACUUGAUGAAGCUGAUGAUGACUGAUUACAAAGUUGAGAUGAUCAAUGAUGGCAUGCAAGAGUUCUUUGUGGAAUUCCAUGGACCUAAAGACAGUCCUUAUCAAGAAGGUGUAUGGAAGAUAAGAGUAGAGCUACCUGAUGCUUAUCCUUAUAAGUCUCCUUCUAUUGGUUUUGUUAACAAAAUUUACCAUCCUAAUGUUGAUGAAAUGUCUGGUUCGGUUUGCUUAGAUGUUAUUAACCAGACUUGGAGUCCCAUGUUUGAUCUUGUUAACGUGUUCGAAGUGUUUCUUCCUCAACUUCUUAACUACCCCAAUGCAUCAGAUCCUUUGAAUGGUGAUGCUGCUGCCUUGAUGAUGCGAGAUUGUGCUGCGUAUGAACAAAAAGUUAAAGAAUACUGUGAGAGAUAUGCGAAGCCAGAAGAUAUUGGAGCUACUCAUGAAGAAAAUUCUAGCGACGAGGAGCAGAGUGAAGACGACUGUGCCUCUAGUGACGACGCCAUUGCUGGUGAACCUGAUCCUUAGAUUGUUACAUACAAUGUGUGCCUUAUUUUACAGUCAUGCUUGUACAUGAUAUGAUUUUGGAGUACUGGAAUUGGAAAAGAAACAAAUUCUGAAGGUUGAAGGAUAAAUCCUCACCUUUCUUUCUAUUCCUUGGUGGUUGUGUAAAUUGAUCAAUGGUUUAAAUGUUUCAUAAAUUCACUUUUCUGAUGUCAAGGUUUGAUUGAACCCACAUGUUUAUGGAUAAUGCUACCCUAUAAUUUAAUGGAGUUUCUGAGCACAAAAGCUCUUCCAGC